AUGUCUACUGCUCAGAAGACCCAGCAGCGCAUUCCCAGUUUCAAGGAUCACGCAUUGAUUGGAGAAUCUGCAAAGAUCCCAAUUAACGAUGCGACCUCCGUCAUCUCUUUGAGCCCCGUGGUACUUCCAGCUCCAGAACGCAUCAUGGACUUGCACAUUCGUGUCUCUGCUCCAGCAACUGGAACCAAUCUCCCAAUAAUUCUACUAUCCCACGGCCAGGGACCCUCAAACAAUCUCUCGUCUCUUAAUGGCUACAGUCCAGUAGCCAACUUCUGGGCUGCUCAUGGCUUCGCUGUCAUCCAACCCACUCAUCUCAGCUCGCGCGCGCUCAGCCUUAACCCUGAUGAAUACCCAGAAGCUCCCUGGUUCCUACGGUCCCGGGUGACAGACUUCAAACUCAUUCUCGACAAGCUUGAUGAUAUAGAGGCACUUUUCCCACAAAUUCAAGGACGCCUUGAUCAUACUCGUAUCGCAGUCGUUGGUCAUUCUGGAGGUGGCCAUACCGCAAGCUGUCUGCUGGGUGCUCGAGGAAACGACCCCACACAUCCAUCAUCCGAGGACAUGUCCGAACCACGCAUCAAAGCAGGUAUCCUCCUCGCAAGUCCCGGAGACGGCAGAGGUGGAGACGGACUAGGUCCAGCUGCCGCGAACACCGACCUCAAGUAUCACAGUCACGCGGAGAUGAAGACGCCCACGCUCGUAGUCAUUGGUGACAGUGACGGAUUCCCGUUUUUGACUACCCGGGGUGCGGAGUAUCAUGCCGAUGGAUAUUAUUUCAGCAAAGGCCCGAAGUCGCUUCUUACGGUGAAAGACGGAAAACAUGGAUUGGGUGGAGUUUCGGGUUACGAUACUGCUGAGGCCACUGAUGAUGAGAGCCCGGAACGACUGGCUAUGGUUCAGCGUAUGACUUGGGCUUAUUUGCGCAGCGCGUUAUAUCCUGAUGACCUCGCUUGGUCUGUAGCAUGUGCCGCCCUAGAGAAGCUUCCUGGAUUGGGGAAAAUUGAUAAUAAGGACUAA